GUGUGUGUGUGUGUGUGUGUGUGUGUGUGUGUGUGUGUGUGUGUGUGUGUGUGUGUGUGUGUUGAGUGCAGGAAUCUGUCGGUAACAUUUGUGUGUGUUUAGCGGCGGGUUUUCUGCUCUACAACAUGGAAACGUUUAAUAAACUAAAACAGUUUGACGCUUAUCCCAAAACUCUGGAGGAUUUCCGAGUGAAAACGUGGGGAGGAGCGACCGUGACGAUCAUCAGCGGGAUCAUCAUGUUGAUCCUGUUCGUCUCCGAGCUGCAGUAUUAUCUCACUAAAGAGGUUCACCCUGAGCUGUACGUGGACACGUCGCGAGGAGACAAACUCAAAAUCAACGUAGACGUGCUUUUCCCUCACAUGCCCUGCGCCUAUCUCAGUAUAGAUGCGAUGGACGUGGCCGGCGAGCAGCAGCUGGACGUUGAACACAAUCUGUUCAAACAGCGGCUGGACAAAGACCUGAAGCCUGUCACCAACGAGGCAGAAAAACACGAUCUCGGUACGGCGGACGAUGGGAAAACGUUCGACCCGAGUUCACUCGACCCAAACAGAUGUGAGAGCUGCUAUGGAGCGGAGACUGAAGACCUGAAAUGCUGUAACACGUGUGAUGAUGUUCGGGAGGCGUACCGGAGGCGCGGCUGGGCUUUUAAGAACGCCGACACCAUCGUUCAGUGUAAGAGAGAAGGAUUCACGCAGAAGAUGCAGGAGCAGAAGAACGAGGGCUGCCAGGUGUACGGCUUCCUGGAGGUCAACAAGGUUGCGGGAAACUUCCACUUUGCUCCAGGAAAGAGUUUCCAGCAGUCUCACGUCCACGUGCACGCUGUGGAAAUUCACGACCUGCAGAGUUUCGGCUUAGACAACAUAAACAUGACCCACCUGAUAAAACACCUCUCGUUCGGGAAAGAUUACCCCGGCAUCGUGAACCCUCUGGACGACACGGACGUCAACGCACCUCAAGCAUCAAUGAUGUACCAGUAUUUUGUGAAAAUCGUCCCUACCAUCUACGUAAAAACUGACGGAGAGGUGGUUAAAACAAACCAGUUCUCCGUCACCAGACACGAGAAAGUGGCCAACGGGCUGAUAGGAGACCAGGGGCUGCCGGGCGUCUUUGUUUUAUACGAACUGUCACCUAUGAUGGUUAAAUUCACAGAGAAACACAG